AUGGCUGAGGUCGUCAGGGCCCAGUCGCCAGAAAUGGAGGAUUACUCUAUGGCAGAUGCCACAAUGAUCUCUAAUGAUGACUCGCAUCUCACAGCAGGCGAUGGUUUCUGGGAUCCAAUGGACAUCUCCAACACGCCACCUACCAACCAGCCCGAAAUGAGCUCUCAGCCCACCGCUGUCUUCAACAAUCAGAAUUCCCUCGAUCCUCAGCGUCCUCCCUCUCCACUCUACAAAAUUCCUUUUGGGUCGCGUCGCUUCACCGCACCUUCCUGCGCUAGACUCGUCGAUGGCAAACCCGUUGAGCCGCAGAUUAAUUCGACGAGCUUCCGCCCUCGUUUCUCUCCAAAAUCUAAAUUACGAGUGCCAUACCAUGCGUACGCCGGUCCCAGCAAGGCCUGUGUUCCGAUGACCAAUCGUGCCAGAUCGAGCACUUUCACGGCAAACAAUACCAACUUUGUUGGCUUCCACCAUAACAACCGCAGCCGGUUUUUUCCGGACAACCAGACAGUCAGUAGCAGCCUUUUGACUGCGCGAGCGGCUCUUCUUGGAAACGGAAGCAAGACUGGCAAGCUUUUGGAAGGAACGGGAAGGCCAAAGGCAACCUCGUUCUUUUCUGGCUCUACUGUUCAAUCGUCCCUUCCGCGCAAGCGGUCUUUUGACGAGGGCACGGCAAAUGACGAAACCAACCACACAACCCCGGAGUCUGACACUCUUAUUCGCUCUAAAUACCGUCGCGCAAGUCAAGAGGGCCUUGUGAAUCUGCUUCAAGGCGACUCGGAAACUUCUCACAGCAAUGUUGGCGGUCAAGCCAGCUCUGACCAGCCAAUUGCUGCACCUACCACUUUUCCUGCCCAAAGCGCAUCCAGCUACCCUCAGCCUUCUCAGUCCUCGCUGUCCCAUUUUGGAAAUUAUCUGCCUACAGAAACGCCAAGUCGCGCGCAUGAGCUUCGUGGAGCCGCCCGUGGUCAGACUCAAAGGACGCCGGGCGUAAACAUUCCUGGCAGUUGGCCGCAGACUCCUGGCGUUUUUAGCACACCUAACAGAGAAGGUGUCUCAACAACUGGUACGGAUGUCGCGAAUGAUUAUACCUCUUUCACAUCCGGUGUUGCAACAUCAAACCGCGUCUCGACCGGUCCACUUGUAUCGACUUCAGUAGAUAUCCCGCAAGGCCACGCUCUGGACACCGAGAAUCCCCAGAUGCAAGCAAUCGAAGGCAUUCAAAAUGCCCCCCCGAAUGGCUCUUCCUGGCAGGCAAAUUGGCUUUAUUGGGUUGAGACUGUCCAGCGGAUUUACAAUGGCCCUCACGGAAUGAGACAGACCGUUGCGAGUGUUGUCAGGUCUGCUGUAGAAGUUGCAGGAUCUGUUAAACGGCGAGCUCUUGGUCUUUUUGAGCGACGUCGACCUAUUUCACCGCCCCGCCGACCUAUUUCUGUCGUCAGGGCCUCCCCAACGCGAGCAAAUAUACGUGCACUACCUGAAGAACAACGUCAACGCCUCAAAAGCCGUCAAUGGGAUAGAGAAAGAGGUCGCUCGCCUGUCGAAAGCUAUCCAUUCCCAGAACUAUCGCUUGAUAUCCCUCAAUUUCCUGCUGGUCCAUCGUCAGCGGCUGAGGCGCACGUGGCACCAAUUCGUCCUGUCCCCCAAAAACCCACCUCCAACAAAAAUGCUCAUAAGGCAGCUGGUCGACUGCGGCCUUCAGCUCCCAGAAAUGCUUCAUCGGCCAAAGAAAGGAGGCACAAGAAGAACAAAUCCGCUUCUCACGAGCGCUCUUUGGCUCAACAACCAAGCCCAAGCCUGCAAAGGCGGAUGCUUUUGAAACCCACGAGCACGGUGCCUGAGCGUGUCCGUCGUAUUCGUUCAAUAUUACAGGCCCGUCGAUCCGAAAAGUUGGCCAUCGACAAAAUUCAAUCGAAAGCACACCAGGUACCGAAGCCUGAUUAUCUAGUGCCUAAAUCUCUUAAGACUGCAGAACCUGAACAUCGAGCCGUGCCGAAACCAUCUAUACUUACCGAAGAACAGCGUGCAGCCGAGACUGUACAUGAAACCGAGCCGGUCCACGUGCCCGAACUUGUUACUGAACUAGCUCCCCACCUUCAUCCAUCCUCCCCCGUGAGUCCCAAGGAUGGUACGGGGCAGCAGAAGGAAAAUGUACCACCGAAGAUUGAUGUUGAGGUCGAACCUAUAGUAGAUCCUUGGUUCCAACCGGUGCCCGAGUAUCCUCUCGGAAGACCUGUUUCGGCUGUGCGUCUUUUCUACCCAGACAAGAAGCCGCUUCCUGCUGGCCGAACUGAAUCGAUCUAUGCGUCAAAAUGGCGCGAAAUAGAGGAGGGGCAAAAACGUGAUCUGUUACCCACUCGAAUUAGACCGGAAGGACCGGCUGUGCGACCUCUGACAGCCAAAUGGGAUACCAGAAUAUCAGAGGCUAUGACUCUACCGAACAGUAGAACGGUUGCUACGACGUUAUCUGGAGACCCCUUGACUAAAAGGGACCUUUCUACUUGCUAUACUCGGAUGGAUUGGUUAAACGACGAGGUUAUUAACGCAUAUCUGGCAUUGAUUGUCGACUAUUUGCGACGGUCCCACGGCAAUACGGGACGCCGCGACAAGCCUCGUUUCCACGCGUUCAAUUCAUUCUUCUUUUCAAACCUCCGCGACAAGGGUUAUUCAUCGGUUCGGCGAUGGGCAUCCCGGGCUAAGAUCGGGGGCGAGGACCUGUUGAAUGUGGAUACUGUAUUUAUCCCCAUUCACAACAGCUCCCACUGGACGCUGGUUGUUGUUAAACCAUCAGAACGAACUAUCGAGAAUUUCGACUCAUUGGGCACUCUCUCCUCACGGCAUGUGGCGCUAGUUAAAGAUUGGCUUCGUGGGGAGCUGGGCUCCAAAUAUGUGGAAGAGGAGUGGACCGUCCUUCCCUCCGUUUCACCACAACAGAACAAUGGCAGCGACUGCGGAGUGUUUCUUUUAUCUACGGCAAAGGCCGUCGCAAUAGGCAUUGAACCAUUGUCCUACGGCGCUAAGGACAUUCCCCUCUUGCGCCGGAAGAUCGUGGGCGAGAUUAUGAACGGGGGGCUGGAGGGUGAUUUCUCCCCGUCUGGGGAGGAUGAAGAGGUGCUUCUUUGA